GCGCAGAUCGACUCUCUCCAAGAAUCGAACCCGUCGAGGAAUCUGUCCAAGCCUGAGAUUGACUCUGUUUGGUCACCUGUCUCUAUAUGGGGAAUCAACAGAGUAGUGGAAAAGAGGUCUCGGGACCUCUGGGAACAGUGACCGUCUACACCCGAAAGGAGUCCGAACCGGAGAAGAAGAGUGGCUGUCCUGUGGAUCAUUCAAAGAUCAGCGCGGCUCCGGGCUCUCAACCAGAUUCGAAGAAAUCUCAGUGUCCAAUCCAGCACGAUGCAAACAACAACAGCAAUAAAGAAAACCAGAGCAGCGAUACUGCAUACGUCUCCGAGUGCCCGAUGAGGAGGGGCGAAGAAGGCAGUAAAAAAGAUGAGGUGAACCCUCUCAACAUGAUGCCCGCACCAAAUCAAAGGCCACAACCAGAUCAGCCAUUCCCGCUGGAUACCGGUCGGGUCAAGAGCACGAUCCCCAAAGCAGACGGUAAAGAUGGAGAAACUUGGGAGUACCCCUCUCAACAGAUGUUCUGGAACGCAAUGAUCCGCAAAGGCUGGCGCUGGAAGGAGGCUGAAAUGGAACCGAAAGACAUGCACAACAUCAUCCAGAUCCACAACGCAAACAACGAGCAGGCCUGGAAGGAAGUUCUCAAAUGGGAGGCGUUACACUACCGGGAGUGCAACUGCCCGAAGCUGAAGCGCUUCGGUGGAAAAGCGAGCGAUUACUCACCCAGAGCGCGGAUGAGAUCUUGGCUCGGAUACGAUCUCCCCUUCGAUCGACACGAUUGGAUCGUUGAUCGCUGUGGGAAAGAUGUCAGGUAUGUUAUCGACUAUUACGAUGGAGGGGAGGUGAACCCCGAUACGAAAGAAUUCACGCUCCUCGAUGUGCGACCAGCCAUGGACUCCUUUGAAAACAUUUGGGAUCGGAUGAAAGUCGCCUAUUGGCGCUGGCGGCUCGAGUGGUUCAACAUCGCACCGAAGCCACAACUGGAAGCUGCUCUAAAGGAGAAAGAGACUGCCUCGUAGAUCGGACUUAGGUAGACAUUGAGCUCAAGAAUAAAUUGCUACAUUGAA